UACAAUCAUAUUACAAUAACAAAGUACAAAGUUCAUAAAUAUCAAAGGGUAACAAUAUAAUUAAAAUAAUUAAUAAUAAUGGCUUUAUUAAGAAAUUUUAGACCGUUUUUAGGUUCAAAUUUAAUUAAACGAACAAUUGCUUCAUUAAAUUCCCUUCCGGAAACCCACCAAAUGCUACAAAAAUCAUGCAGGGAUUUCGCAGAGGGCGAAUUAAAACCGAUAGCUUCAAAAAUCGAUAAGGAACAUUUAUACCCAAAAGAACAAAUUAAAACAAUGGGUGAACUCGGAUUGAUGGCAGUUGAAGUUCCUGAAAGUUACGGAGGAACCGGUUUAGAUUAUUUAGCAUACGCUAUAGCCAUGGAAGAAAUUUCAAGGGGAUGUGCAAGUUGCGGUGUUAUAAUGUCAGUAAAUAAUUCCCUUUAUCUUGGUCCUAUUUUACAUUUCGGAAACGAUUCACAAAAACAAAAAUACAUAACCCCAUUUACUACGGGUGAAAAGGUUGGUUGUUUUGCUUUAUCAGAACCUGGAAAUGGUUCCGAUGCGGGUGCAGCAUCAACAACAGCAACGUUAAAAGGAGACUCAUACAUUUUGAAUGGAACGAAAGCCUGGAUAACCAAUGGAUAUGAGAGUGAAGCGUCAGUUGUAUUUGCAACAACUGAUAAAUCAAUGAAACAUAAAGGUAUUUCCGCUAUAAUAACCUCGAAGCCGACUUCGGGAUUAGAUUUGGGUAAAAAAGAAGAUAAAUUGGGAAUAAGAGGUUCAAGUACUUGCUCGUUAAUUUUCGAAGAUUGUUCGAUCCCGAAAGAAAAUUUAUUAGGCCAACCCGGAAUGGGUUUUAAAAUUGCAAUGAUGACGUUAGAUUCGGGUCGAAUUGGAAUUGCCUCGCAGGCUUUAGGUAUUGCGCAAGCCUCGUUAGAAGUUGCCAUCGAAUACGCAAAUAAAAGGUUAGCAUUUGGAAAGCCCUUAACUAAAUUACAAACGAUUCAAAAUAAAUUAGCGGAAAUGGCUCUACAAUUGGACUCAGCUCGAUUAUUAACAUGGAGAGCCGCUUGGUUAAAAGAUAACAAAAAACCGUACACAAAAGAAGCAGCUAUGGCUAAAUUAGCUGCGAGCGAAGCAGCAACAUUUUUAAGCCAUCAAUGUAUACAGAUUUUAGGUGGAAUGGGAUAUGUUUCCGAGAUGCCUGCUGAACGGUUUUAUAGGGAUGCUAGAAUCACGGAAAUUUAUGAAGGAACAUCAGAAAUACAGAAAUUAGUUAUCGCAGGAAAUUUACUCAAAGAAUAUUCAUAAAUAUAUUGAAAAAAAUCUAUUUUUAUAUGUAAUAAAUAAUUUGACAUCUGU